UGCUGAGGAAUCAGAUAAGUCAGAAGCCCAUGGUGUUGGUGAAAGUGUUCAGAUUGCCAAGAAUUUGCAUGCUAAACGGGCAGCUCAGGCAUUAUCAAGGCUUAGUGGUUUGGCUACUUAAAGCUAUAAUGAGGCUGCAGCUGAUGCCCUUAAAGCUCUGCUGACACCAAAACUUGCAAGUAUGUUGAAAGAUCAAUCACCCAAAGACUUACUGUCUAAACUAAAUACGAACUUGGAGAACCCUGAGAUCAUAUGGAACUCUUCAACGCGAGCAGAACUAUUAAAAUUUGUUGAUCAGCAGUGUGCAAGCCAGGGACCUGAUGGUUCAUAUGACUUGAAAGAUUCACAUUCCUUUGCAUAUGAAAUACUGUCAAAAGAAGUGUUUGUUGGACAUGUGUACUUGAGAGUCUACAAUCAUCAACCAGAUUAUGAAGUCAGUGAACCCGAGGCAUUCUCUGUUGCUCUUGUUGAGAGUCUGCCUUGAUAACCUUGCUUUUCUGUUCCUAUUGCUUCGACAACCAAUAUUCCUCAACUUUGUUUAAGUGUG